CUGACGGCGCCUUUCCCUAUUUGAAAACCCCUGUUUUUCCUGCCCGUUCGAGCGGGAAACCCAUAAACCAGUCCCCCCUCCUCUCUCUCUCUCUCUCUCUUCCUGUUCUCUCUCUCUCUUCCUGUUGACAUCCUUCUCUCUCUCUAAGGAGUGACGAAACAUGGCGGAAUACUCAUUCCCAGUCCUUAAGACAAAGGACAUCGCCGCCAUUCUCUCUCAAUUUGAGAUUGCAGGUAUCUCCCAUGACCAACUCGAGAGGCCCUCUCCCGAGUUUGUUUGCAGCCUCUUUGACGCAUUCUUGAAAUAUCUCGAUCCCGAAAGAGAUGAUCCAGGAUCAGCCUCUUUCGCUGCCCUCGAGGUAUUGGAGAAUCCAGAGCAUCACACUCAGUCAGUUCUAGUGGUGAAUUUGUACUGCAAAUUAAAGGAUGUUCUCUCGAGGAUUGGGGUCGAUGGUUUCUUAUUCAACGACUUGGUAAUACCAGAAUCGAAUAAAACUGUGUACUUCGUCAGUGGUCUUAUCAAUUUCUGCUUAUAUAGAGAGGACAAAAUAGGUCUUAUAGACCCUGUUAUCAAUAAUGACUAUGCGGCAUCUCUAGAAAAGUUGGAGAUGAAGUUAGCUGAGAAGAAGAAUGAGCUUUUGGAAAUUGAGGGUGCUAGGAAAGCUGAGGAGCCUAUGGUUAAUCAGUUAGAACCUGAAGUCAAGGAGUUGAAGCGGACCGUUCUUAAUCUGAAUGAGCAGCAAGCAUCAUUGAAGGCCACGCAUAGGAACCUUAGAGAGAAAUUAAAAGAAAUUGAUGAAAAGAUCUCAAGUGCCGAGUUCCAAUUAGCAAAGCAUGCUCAAGAAAAUUCAGAAUUGCGAUCUAAAAUUGUUCAAUCGCCAGAGAAGCUACAGAAAACACUAGAGGAAAAGAAAUCCGUUCGAGUUGAAAUGAAGAGUUGUGAAAAUUCUGCAAUCCAAACUUUUCAAAGGUGGAGGGCUACUAUGAAUUUGUACAAACAGGCUUGCAAAAAGUUAUCGAAGAGUUUGGACUUGAUGCGAUCUAUACAAGAACAGGUGGAAUCUAUCAAACAUGUUGAGAAACAAAGAAAAACACUUCAAGUUAAACUAAAGGAUGCAGAGCUCGAGGACUUGGUUCUUGAAGCAAAAAGUGUUGAACUUCAAGGGAAAGUGGAACAAGCAGAUAAGUUGACACUGGCAGUGGAGCAAGAGAAAGCAUUGAAAUGUGCCGAGGCUGAUAGAAUGCUUAGUGCCAUCAAGUCAGAGAUGGGAGCCAAGUUGCACGAGCUCGAAUUGAUGGAAAAAAACUUACAAGCCACAAUGGUAGAGGCAAAUAAUGACAUGUUGAAUAUUAGUGAAGUAAGAAAAUCUGGAGAGGCAUUGCUAGAGAAACUUGGUAGAAAAUUUGAAGAACUUGUGAAUGAGUUUAACUGUUAUUGGAGACCUAUUGAUGUGAUAUUGGAACAGCUAAACGGAGAUCCAGUAGUGUAUGGUGUUUCUAUAUGAUGAGGAUGGAUCUUGUCAAGGAUUCUGGUAUGGAUGAUGCUGAAUUAUCAAUGUUGUAGCCAUUAAAUGUCUUUUUAAGAGACUUCUUCGCCACUUUUUGUGCGAUUAGAGGCUGUUAAUGAUAGCAAGGAUUAAAAGGUUAAUUUGUAACUUAUUGGGACAUUCCAAACAUCUUCUUUGUUUUUGUAUCAGAUUAGUGGUUUAGACCGAACAAUUAAUGUAUUAUUGUUACUUAAUAUUGUAAAAAAAUUGUUUUGCUUGAUUUAAAGGACA